CUCGUAACGGACUAUAUCCUGGGAGCUGUCUCAUCCCUCGUUGUCUACGAGUUUUUGAUUACCAUCUCCAAUGAAAUUGACAUGGUGUGGAAGAGACCUGUCACCGUAUCUGCCGUGCUACUUGGCUCAGUAAGAUGGUGCAUGCUCCUCACGGUGAUAUUCGAACUCGCGCCAACAACUCCCAAUAACUGCAUACCGCUUACAAUCCUGGUCCCCGUGUUCUUCUUGAUUGGCUACGCUCAGACCGCAUUAUUUUCUGCCCUGCGCGUCUUCGCGAUCUGGAAUAGGAGCCACAUCUGGUCACUAGUAGUGUUCGUGCUGAGUAUGGUACCGUUCAUAACGAACCUGGUCGCCGCGACAAUGUCGAAGUACACUGCCGUCGCGGAUCCGAUCUUCGGCACGACAUGCGCCACAAAGUUCACAUUCUCUGUGCAGGCAAAUAACAUACUGAUAUACAUCACCCGCAGUUCGCUCAUCCUUGCCGACACAAUUGUGCUUGUUCUGACGUGGAUCAAGACAUUCGGAAAUUGGAGGCGUGCCCGCAGUGUCAACGUCCAGGUGUCGCUAACGACGUGUCUACUGCGUGACGGUCAGCACUGUCUAUUUCAUAGCUUUGUUAGCAGUAAAUAUAGCUCAGCUGCUAACUUACAAUUUUGCGGUAGGUCUCCCGGGCCAACAUGAAUUAGGUCACCCGUAGCAUCGUUUAUUGAGACUCUGCCUCCGAUGCUCAUCCAUCGCUUCAUGAUUAACCUACGAACGGUCGACCUGGAGGUGCUGAAUUACUCUACACAUAUUACUAAUCUACAGCAAAAUCAAUGUGCGGUGCAGUUCAGAAAGCCAACAAAUCGGCUGGGUAAUAUUGGAGAGACGCUGCAGAGUGGUUGGGAUGACGACGAGCCCGCGGACGAAGAGAUUGACCGCGCAGAAGUGGAUGGGGCGGGACGGUGCGAGAAUAGCGCAGAGGCAUGAACUGACGCCAACA